GGUAAUAUGUCUUCGAGGGUCAUCUCAAUUCAUAUGUCAAUUUCUCACUACAAGUAGCAGCUACAAGCAGCUACAAACAUUUUCACAAGCGUGAACCUCAGAAGAGAACACACAUGUGGGGCAGUGCUUAAGCACUAAAUAGUCACUCGAUGGUGAAUUCAAACACUACGGCUCAUGGGGUAAUUUGUGAGACGGGAAGGUGGACUUCAUUUGCGACAUCACUCACAUAAGUUUCGAUCAUGGCCGUAACUGCAUCGAUUCCCAUCAUCGACAUAUCUGCCGAGGGGACGGACCAGGCACAAGUUGCAAAGGAGCUGGUUGAUGCUGCUGUCGAGUACGGGUUCGUUUAUAUCAGGAAUGCCGGUCGAGAUAUCUCUACCGAGCAGAUAGAAAACGCCUUCGAUAUAUCGCGGAUCUUAUUCAGCUCGCCGCUCGAGGAUAAGCAAAGAUGUAAGAUAGAAAAGAAUAACCAGGGGUGGUCGGGCAUGCACUCAGAGACCUUGGAUCCUAAAACCCAACGUGUAGGAGACUUUAAGGAGGCCUUCAAUUUCGGCCCCUUCACCGAUAACAAAGCCACGCAGCCCAUCCCGCAGAGCAUCGAGUCUCACCAAGCGCAAUUGGCCGCCUUCAAAGACGCCUGCCACAAUCUCUGUCGGAAACUACUCCUCCUAUUCGGCAUCGGUCUAGGGGUAAACCCUCCAGACUUCUUCACAGCCGCGCACGACCCCACAACCGCCUCGGGGUCCAUUCUGCGGUUGUUAUACUACCCGCCCCCAAGCAGCACGCCCGCCGCGCUCUCCUCCGACGUACGAGCCGGCGCACACUCGGAUUACGGCUCAGUCACUCUUCUCUUCCGGCUGCGCGGCCAGGCCGGCCUCGAGCUCCUGGAUCCCCGCACCGAAUCUUGGGCCCCCGUCCCCGUCGUCCCGCCCGGCACUGAGACCGACGCGCAGCCGCCGAUCCUCGUCAACAUCGGCGAUUUGUUGUCGUACUGGACUAAUGGGCUCCUCCGCAGCACAGUCCACCGCGUAGCUUUCUCCCCCUCUACCACCACAAACGGCGAGUCCGCGACCGACCCGCGCUACUCCAUCGCGUACUUCUGCCACCCGGCCGACGCCACGCCGCUAAGCGCCGUGCCCAGCGAGCGCGUCGCCGCCUUCCGGCCCAGUAACCUCGCCAACGGCAACAGCAACAGCAACCCGUACGCCGAGCGCAAGGUCAUGACCGCCAAGGAGCACUUGCAGAUGCGGCUUAGGGCGACUUACUUCGAGUUGUACGAGGGCGGCGAGAAAGGAGUGACGUGUACGUAGGUACGCAUCUGUUAACGGCGGAGGUUUUUGGUUCGGGAUGAAAAUGGGCUUUGGCUUGUUUGUGUGUGCGAGAGAUUUGGAAGGGGGCGGAAGGGAUGGAUGAGAGAGGUUAUCCGUGUAUGGUAGUAGGGAGUAGGAAAUAUGAUCCAAGUCUGAUCAUUUUUCUAGGUCGUAUGCCGCGAGUCUUUCAAUGACAUUUCUAACCAACAUUCACGGGCCGCCUGUAUUUCUGUCAGCGGAUUGCUUGUCCUCGCAACCUGCACAGCCUGAGCGUUGGAAAUUACCGCGCCACUGUCCGAAAACGCAGGCAGCACGCCUACAUAUACCGUAAUACUAGCUUGAGAUGUCACGUACGACCAUAGGAUUUAGAAAGCUCGGGAUCCCGUCCGCUCUCCCCUUAGAUAA